AUGAAGGCAGAGGGGCUGCUGUGGUUGAGCAUUGUACUGGGGCUGGCAAGGAGGGGCAGCAGUGCCAGGCAUGCGGUGUACUGGAAUAGUACUAACCCCAGGUUCUUUAGAGGUGACUACACCGUUCGCUUGGCUAUAAAUGAUUACCUGGACAUUUACUGCCCACAUUAUGAUGCUCGAAUACCCCUGGAACAUACAGAAUCUUUCAUCCUGUACAUGGUGAACAGAGAGGGGUAUGAAGGUUGCUAUGAAACACCAGGUGCUUUUAAACGCUGGGAGUGUAAUCGACCACAUGCCCCAUUUGGACCCAUCAAAUUUUCUGAAAAGAUUCAGAGAUUCACCCCAUUCUCUCUGGGAUUUGAGUUCCAACCAGGAGAAGAGUAUUAUUACAUAUCUGUUCCAGAUGCAGACAGUAUUGGUGACUGUUUAAGGCUUCGUGUAUCUGUUUGCUGUAAACCCACCACUGUAAAACCUGUUACAGAGGUUCCCAAAUCUCAACCACGUGGAGGAGCACCAGGAGCUGGAGGCGGAAGCAAGACUUCAGGUCAAGGGGAUCCCAGGAGGCCUCUGGGAAGCUCUUCAUUCUCCAUCAAAGUAUCCCCUUUACUUGUCACUCUGUGCCUCUUUCUUCUGCUUUGGAACUGACCCACUCAUGCUCUAGAACAUGCUUUAGAGACAAUCGGAAUUGCACAGGACUCUUGUAUUUUGUUGCUUAGAACUUGUCUUUUCAGACAUUUUAUGGAGAAACUCCAAAUAAUCUCCACUGCACUUUAGGAGAGUGAAGGAUUCUGGGGGCAAACCCCAGCCUGCCCCAUAAAUCUGAUGCUCUCUACAUUGGACCAAAGCACAAAAGCUGUUGAUCAGACUCUCUGCCUGUGGAACUGUUACACCAUAAUCUUCUGGUAGUGGAAAGGAAUAGUCUGAGGUGGAAUUAUCGUGUGGAGAGAUCUAGCAGAAUUUUUCAUUGACCUGACUGAUAUGAUCUUACUAAAGAAAGGAGCAAUCCAGCUUUGAGAUGGGAUUCUCUUGCUGAGCAUCUGUGCUACCAGUUUCUAUUUUCUUCACUCCCGGGUUUCCAGGCUGACACCAUGAUCAUCAAUAUCUCCCAUUUCCUUUACCACUGUCCCCGUAUUAAUGUCAUUCAGGUACCACAGAACGGACCCUUUUAAUUGGGGAUUGAUCAGUGAGAAGUGGUGGAAAGCUACUUGGUAGAUAUUGUUGGAUAUCCCUGAGUUCUCUAACUAUGUGAGGAUCUACGUCCUGCCGUUUGCACUGAGAAGGGAUCUCUUUCCCAACCAAAGAUGUGGACUUCUUUAAGGAAAUUAGGGCCCAAAGCUCACCUGAGAACCGAUUUUCUACAUCACUUUUUGUAUUUUUAUUUUCUAAGUGCUCUACUCUUAAAUUUAUAUUAAAGUAUACACCCAUGGAUUGGAGGGUUACUUGUAUCUGAAUUUACUUUAGGUAAAGGGAAGCUGAUGGUUGAUCAUAAAAUAUGCGCCUAAGUGUACAAGGCACAACUGCACAAAAGUAUGAACAAAAUGUCUGCAAAGCUUCAAACUCCCUUGGCUACAUUAUACAAGAUGCACAAUCUGUUUCCCCACUAGAGACCUCUAACACUCUGAUGUCCUCCUCCUCUGCAGCAUCUAUCCCCUCCAUUUCUCUUUCUCUCCACUUAAAGUUUAAUUGGUGCAAAAAAAAAAAUCUUCCUAUAUUUUGUAUAUAAAGUGCACUCAAAAUAUUUUAUUUUUAUUCUAUUUUUCUUUAUACCUACAGGAUUCUUCCUUUCUUAAUCUCAAUGUAUUAAGCACACGCUAUACAGAUUUGCAGGUAGGGUGGGUUAAAAAAGUGGAAUUGGUCCUUCUUCAAAAGGGCAGCCAUUUCUGCUCCUGCAGACUAGGAGAAUUGUUUUCGGUCAGGAGAACGAAGUUCUGUCUUCUAUGAAGAUAAAUAACUUGCAGUAUUCAUUGUGUUUACAAAAACUUUUUUUUUAUGAAUUUACAUUAAUGUAUGUAUUUUGUUAGAAACUGAGCCAAAAAAAAUAAAAUAUUACAAAUAUC